UUCCCACCUCAGACAAAAAGCGUACGAUAGAACCAACCCAGGUUCGAUGUCUCCAUGGUCCAUAGGCUGAUCACAUUCACCGCCGAAAACUACACAACCCCGAAAGCUAAAUAAAAAUAAAAUCACCUUCGAAUAGGAAAAGCAAAUCUCAAAUUGGUAGCGCAAGCUUGUCACUUGAGGUUUGCUUCGAUUCUUCGAUCUCAGAUUAAAGUGUACGAAAGAAGAGGCUUUUCUAAACAAAAGAGGAAGCGUGCAAUGGUGGGAUGAAGAAGAGAGGAACAUGGCGAGAGGCAAGUGGGUUUGUUCCUACAAGAAAACCACUCUUUUAGUUUGCUUCUUCAACAUUGCUGUUGCUCUCUACGUUCUUCGCUCUCUCUAUGCUUCUCUUUACAUCUACUCCGGAAACGUUUCCCGCAACGCUGCGUUGUAUAGCCCAGAUCAGAUUCGGAAAAUGGAGGAAUCAAUCCAAAUCCGCUGGGAAUUUAAACCUGUGGAGUUAAUUAAGUGGGUGAAGGCUUUAGAAGCGGAGUUUUCGAGUGAAACUGAGGCAGUUAAGUUGCCCUGGCAUUUGAAACAGAACAUAAUUGAUGAGAUCUUGCAGAGACUAAGGAGCUUGAAUUCCAGUAGAACAGAUAUUGCUAUGGAACGAGAAGUAGUUGAGAGUUGGCGCAAAGAAAAACUGGAAGAGGUCAAGUCAGCUCUUGUGAAGGGGACUUCCAAUUCAACCAUCCCCCAUGAAGAAGCUGGUAUGCUAGUAAGAGCUUUGGAGUCUGAUUGGGCUGUGCUCUGUGAAGAGAUUGGCCUCUGGAUACCUGCUCAAGUUUCUAAUAAAGAACAUGACGACAAACCUGAGGGUGCAGAGGAGUUUGAGGAGGAGGUCCUUCCUGGCAGACCCGUUUCACCCGAGUGCCAUGCUGAACUGCACACAGAUUAUGAUGGCGCCGCAGUAAGAUGGGGUCUUACCUUCCACAAAGAUAGUGCAGCUGAUUGCUGUCAGGCUUGCUUGGACCAUGCGAAACAUGCCAAAGAAGGGGAAAAGAAAUGCAAUAUAUGGGUUUAUUGCCCAUCUGAGUUUGGGUGUCAUUCUCCAGAUAUCUACCAGCACAAACAUCAGGAAUGUUGGCUGAAAUAUGCUGAGAAACCUCGACUAAAUUUUAAGGAUAAGUAUCCUGAAUCAUAUCGAAAUUCACAUCCUUCUGCACCAGUGAUCGUUCCAUGGGUCUCUGGAGUUAUCAGUUCAUGAGUCAAAUAACCAAAUACCAAAUGUGACGAGAUCAACCAGAGCUCCCUUGUAGACUACACAAGAGUGCAAAGCUAGCUUAGCAAAGCCUUUGCAUGCUCGUGGAUUAUAUACCAUUGUUCUUCAACAUGUUUUUUGUGUAAAAGAAAUGAACUGGGGAGCAAAGAAUUUUCCCUAUGUUCAUUUAUGACUUGUUUUGGUCAAAAUGCGGUUUUUGACAGACUCACCUCAGUGCCAAGGAUUUUCCACCAAGGUCGGGUCUAACACUGAGGAAAGGUGACUUUUAACUGAUGAGCAUGUUGUUUUGUUGUAAGCUAUCUGAUAACAUAAUUCAUUGUAUCUGUGGGACUUAGAAUCCUACUCAUAGUAUCAUUCUUGUUCGUGAUGUUGAUGAUAAUCAAUUCAUCAUCAAUCUUCUCUGUCCGCUUCCCUUCCUUUUAUCCAUCAUAAUCAUACCUACAAUUAUACAUGUAUAAUAAAAUGUUUAUGUA